AUGCCACUCUUUGACCUGAAAACCGGAAAAUGUAUCGGAAUGCCCAACAAUCGUGGAUCGAUGGUCUUCGAUUUUAACAAGAAGAGUGGACGAGUCACAAUUCAUGAUACUUCGGAUUUCUAUGGAUGGACCAGAAAAGAAAAAACCGAGUUUCUGAAAACGGUUAUUCAAUGGAAUGAGAAAACCAAAAAAUCGGAAGUCACCUACGAGAAAGUUCCGGAAAUUUUCGAUAAGUAUGAAUUCACUGAUAAGGAAAUGAAGGAAAUGAGAGCUGAGAAAAAUCCGGCGCUGCAGAAGUUUCUGGAUGAGGAACUUCCGAAACGGAUUCUGGAGAUGUUAAAGGAUGAUGAGCUUCUCCAGGCGGAGAGAAAGAAGGCCAAUUCUGAUGAGAAAUCGAAAUGGCGUGGAUACGAUAAGUAUGACGAUCAACUCCUCGGAAAUGAAAUCUUCCUCUUCUUCCAACAAUUAUCGGGACCCCGCAAUCCAUUCGUCCACCAAGAGAUAUGA